AUGUCGACCGUAUCUGCCUUCCGCGAAUGGGAGGCCCAGAACAAUAUCAUCACCGUUGAUCCAUCUCAAAAUGCGUUGUACAGCCUUCCCGACCCAGAGGCCUAUAAGGCGCUUCAAAAUACUGCUCCAUGGAAGAAAGACCCCAACUACUUCACUCAUGUACGAAUCUCGGCUUUGGCUCUCCUCAAGAUGACCACUCAUGCCCGAUCAGGAGGCAACAUCGAGAUCAUGGGCUUGAUGAUUGGGUACGUCUCAGGCAAAUCCCUCAUCAUCACUGAUGCUUUUCGAUUGCCAGUCGAAGGCACAGAAACAAGAGUCAAUGCCCACGCUGAUGCCGACGAGUACAUGGUCAAUUUUGGUAUUGCUUCACGAGAAGGUGGUGGACAGUUGGAGAAUCCCGUUGGCUGGUAUCAUUCCCACCCCGGUUAUGGAUGUUGGCUCUCUGGAAUCGAUGUCAACACCCAAAUGACGCAUCAGAUGGUCAAUGACCCUUUUGUUGCAGUAGUAAUCGACCCUGACCGCACUGUCAGCGCAGGUAAAGUGGAAAUCGGUGCCUUUAGAACAUAUCCGGAGAAUCAACGUCCAACAACCAAGCAAUUUACCGAUGACAGUGACGAGUUUCAAGCCAUCCCUGCCGCAAAGAUCGAAGACUUUGGAACCCACGCAAAUUCCUACUAUCCCUUGGAGGUUCAACACUACAAAUCAGCACUCGAUACUCAUCUUCUGGGCUUAUUAUGGAAUAAAUACUGGACAUCCACUCUGUCUCAAUCACCUCUAUUCACCAACCGCGACUACGCAUCAAAACAAAUCGCCGAUCACGCCAUCAAAAUACACGAAGCCGCCAAAAAGCAACGAACCAAUGCUGCCCUUGGCCGCCGUGGUCAAGAGCUUGCCGGCUCUGGAGAUAAAAAUUUCAAAGUUGUACGUGAUGGAUCCUUGGAGCAGGUAGUCAGAGGUGGUAGCAAAAUCUCGACUGAAGAGGUUGCGGGAUUAUUGGCCAGUGAGGUCAAGAAACAACUCUUCUGGAAUGUCGUUCAAGAAGCACAAGCAAGUCAUGCAGCUGUUGAAAUCUCAAGCAACGGUGGUUGA